AUGUCAAUUGUCUCGGAUCAAUUUCCUUCUGAUUGGAAAGCUGCAAGGGUUAUUCCAUUGUUUAAGAAAGGUCAGCGGUCCAUGUUGGACAACUAUAGACCGAUAUCAAUCCUUCCUGUAGUAAGUAAACUUAUGGAAAGAAUUAUGUAUGAUCAAAUGAAUGAGUAUCUUAACCAGAAUAAUCUUUUCUCAAAACACCAAUUUGGUUUCAGACCUUAUCAUUCCACAACUACUACAUUAUUGGAUUAUACGAACGAAUGGUAUACCAACAUGGACCGUGUGCUGUAUGACUUAGUUGUUUUUCUUGACCUAAAAAAAGCAUUCGAUACAGUCGACCACGAAAUACUGUUAAGUAAGUUUGAAAUGUAUGGUUUCCAAAGGAAAGCAUUAAAUCUUUUACGUUGCUAUUUGACGCACCGAACUCAAAGUUGUCAAUUGGCCGGUAUACUCUCGGUGGAGAAAGAAAUCAUUUGUGGCAUUCCUCAGGGAAGUAUACUCGGCCCUCUCUUAUUUAUUAUGUAUAUAAAUGAUUUGCCAAGCUGCCUAGAACGCACAACUCCAAGAAUGUUUGCUGAUGAUACUAACUUAACGGCAGUAGGCAGAACAAUUAGUGAGGCGGAAGAGAGGGCGAGCGUAGACAUGAGGAAUGUUCAGAAAUGGCUUUGUGCAAAUAAACUAAUUCUAAAUAUAGCGAAAACCGAGUAUGUUUUAAUUGGAACACGACAUAAAAUAAGUAAUAUUGAUACCGAUCAAGGAGUUAAAAUAAAUAAUCAAUUGAUUAAAAAAGUUAAAAAUACCAAAGCUCUUGGAGUUGAAUUAGACGAAAACUUCAGUUGGGAAAAACACAUUAACCAUAUUAGCAGUAAAAUAUCAUCAG